AUGACCAAUCCUACGUUAAAUGAUCCACCAAAACGCAACAGUCAAUCAUCAAUACGAUCAAUUGCUUCUGCCCUCACAGUCUCUUCUGAAACAAAUAACGAUGCUAGUUUUGAUCCCAAUUCACUCACAUUAACAAACCCCAACAAAGUCGCCCUGGACCUCGAAAAACAAAUCUCGCAAUGUGAAAAAUCAAUAGCACAAUCAAAAUACGGCCAUAGUCUAGAAGAAGUUGUUUCAAGGCACACACACAUGGAUGCUGCAAGUAUUAUUGAGCCUAUUGGUGAUCAAGCAUUCUAUGACUCUAUACCAAACGGUGGCUAUGGCUGGGUUGUAGCAUUUGCAGGAUUCCUUGGCAAUUUCAUUUUGUUUGGCAUGGCCACUAUUUGGGGUGUAUUUUCAAAUGAACUUUUAACCAACGAGUUUAAAGACAAAGCAACAAUGCUGGAAAUGAUGGGUGUCGGUACUGUUCUGCUGGCCGCAAUCAACGGACUUACCUUUUUGAGUCCACUGAUGGCCCGUCUUGGAUACCGUCCUGUGAUGGCAAUUGGCACAAUCUUUAGUACACUUGGACUCAUUCUGGCCAGCUUCAGUACUCAGAUGUGGCAUCUCUAUCUAUCUCAAGGGCUCAUGUUUGGACUUGGAGCCUCGAUUGUCUACAUGUCUGUUGUUGCCAUAAUUCCUCAAUGGUUUACUACUAGACGUGGAUUUGCUAUGGGAAUCAGUUCAGCUGGUACUGGCUUUGGAGGUCUUGCACUCAGUCCAUUGGCCAAUUAUUUGAUCGAGAAAUACGGUAUUCCUUGGUCUUAUCGAAUUAUCGGUUUCCUAUGUCUUGGAAUCUGUACAGUCGUAAUCAUCAUGGUCCGCACACGUUUGCCUCCAAACCAUCCACGCCCAACCACAAAAUCACCAAUAAAAGUAGCUAUGCUCAAGGAUCUAAAUUACAUGCUCUGGGUUGUUGGAGCAGUUAUCUCUCUCACAGGCUUCUAUAUUCCUAUAUACUACAUCCCAAGAUUUGCAACAUCUAUUGGAGUAAACCACACAGACUCUUCUAAUAUCGUAGGUGUCUGCUGUGCUAUGAAUGCAGUCGGCCGCUUGAUACUUGGGUUUAUCGGUGAUCGAGUCGGACGUGUCAAUACUUACAUUGUAGCCUCAACUCUGUCUGGAUUGUUCUGCAUGGUUGUCUGGCCAUUUGCUACUACAUACAAUACCCUUCUUGGAUUUGCAGUUCUGUUUGGAUUCUUUGGUGGUGUAUACUAUGCAUUGGCUGCUCCUAUUACUGGAAAUAUCGUUGGUAUCGAAAGAAUCUCAUCAGGUGUAUCUAUCCUCUUCCUUGCUUCUGCACUCUCUGCUGUCGGUCCUCCGAUUUCUUCUGCUAUUCAGCUGUCCACUCCAGACAACAGUUUCAUUGGUGUCCAAAUGUUCUCUGGUUCAGUAUUCAUCAUUGGUGCAAUGAUAUGUCUGGUGAUGAAGAUAAAGAUCACAAAGAGUCUGUUUUCUGUCUACUAA